UCCAGCAGUCGUCAUGCCAGUGACACUGAAGGACAAUCAGAAGACUCAGAGGCUCGAUCAGGGUCAGCCCGUGGACAAUCAGGGUCCAGACGAAGACGUCAACAGUCCGAUUCUGACCAAGGAUACCCCCGGUCCGGUACCAGCGAAAGACAGGGAUCCCGCCACGAGCAGGCAAGAGAUAGCUCCAGACACACAGGAUCGCAGGAGCGUCAGGGCUCCAGCGGUGGACGCUCUGAGUCCUCCCAUGGACAGCCCGGAUCCAGCACUGGAGGGAGACAGGGAUCCCGCCACGAGCAGGCAAGAGAUAGCUCCAGACACACCGGCACUGGGCAUGGAACAACCUCAUCUGGAUCCGGUACCAGACACCAGGGAUCCAGCAGUCGUCAUGCCAGUGACACUGAAGGACAAUCAGAAGACUCAGAGGCUCGAUCAGGGUCAGCCCGUGGACAAUCAGGGUCCAGACGAAGACGUCAACAGUCCGAUUCUGCCCAAGGAUACCCCCGGUCCGGUACCAGCGAAAGACAGGGAUCCCGCCACGAGCAGGCAAGAGAUAGCUCCAGACACACCGGCACUGGGCAUGGAACAACCUCAUCUGGAUCCGGUACCAGACACCAGGGAUCCAGCAGUCGUCAUGCCAGUGACACUGAAGGACAAUCAGAAGCCUCAGAGGCUCGAUCAGGGUCAGCCCGUGGACAAUCAGGGUCCAGACGAAGACGUCAACAGUCCGAUUCUGCCCAAGGAUACCCCCGGUCCGGUACCAGCGAAAGACAGGGAUCCCGCCACGAGCAGGCAAGAGAUAGCUCCAGACACACCGGCACUGGGCAUGGAACAACCUCAUCUGGAUCUGGUACCAGACACCAGGGAUCCAGCAGUCGUCAUGCCAGUGACACUGAAGGACAAUCAGAAGCCUCAGAGGCUCGAUCAGGGUCAGCCCGUGGACAAUCAGGGUCCAGACGAAGACGUCAACAGUCCGAUUCUGCCCAAGGAUACCCCCGGUCCGGUACCAGCGAAAGACAGGGAUCCCGCCACGAGCAGGCAAGAGAUAGCUCCAGACACACAGGAUCGCAGGAGCGUCAGGGCUCCAGCGGUGGACGCUCUGAGUCCUCCCAUGGACAGCCCGGAUCCAGCACUGGAGGGAGACAGGGAUCCCGCCACGAGCAGGCAAGAGAUAGCUCCAGACACACCGGCACUGGGCAUGGAACAACCUCAUCUGGAUCCGGUACCAGACACCAGGGAUCCAGCAGUCGUCAUGCCAGUGACACUGAAGGACAAUCAGAAGACUCAGAGGCUCGAUCAGGGUCAGCCCGUGGACAAUCAGGGUCCAGACGAAGACGUCAACAGUCCGAUUCUGCCCAAGGAUACCCCCGGUCCGGUACCAGCGAAAGACAGGGAUCCCGCCACGAGCAGGCAAGAGAUAGCUCCAGACACACCGGCACUGGGCAUGGAACAACCUCAUCUGGAUCCGGUACCAGACACCAGGGAUCCAGCAGUCGUCAUGCCAGUGACACUGAAGGACAAUCAGAAGACUCAGAGGCUCGAUCAGGGUCAGCCCGUGGACAUUCAGGGUCCAGACGAAGACGUCAACAGUCCGAUUCUGCCCAAGGAUACCCCCGGUCCGGUACCAGCGAAAGACAGGGAUCCCGCCACGAGCAGGCAAGAGAUAGCUCCAGACACACAGGCACUGGGCAUGGAACAACCUCAUCUGGAUCCGGUACCAGACACCAGGGAUCCAGCAGUCGUCAUGCCAGUGACACUGAAGGACAAUCAGAAGACUCAGAGGCUCGAUCAGGGUCAGCCCGUGGACAAUCAGGGUCCAGACGAAGACGUCAACAGUCCGAUUCUGCCCAAGGAUACCCCCGGUCCGGUACCAGCGAAAGACAGGGAUCCCGCCACGAGCAGGCAAGAGAUAGCUCCAGACACACCGGCACUGGGCAUGGAACAACCUCAUCUGGAUCCGGUACCAGACACCAGGGAUCCAGCAGUCGUCAUGCCAGUGACACUGAAGGACAAUCAGAAGACUCAGAGGCUCGGUCAGGGUCAGCCCGUGGACAAUCAGGGUCCAGACGAAGACGUCAACAGUCCGAUUCUGCCCAAGGAUACCCCCGGUCCGGUACCAGCGAAAGACAGGGAUCCCGCCACGAGCAGGCAAGAGAUAGCUCCAGACACACCGGCACUGGGCAUGGAACAACCUCAUCUGGAUCCGGUACCAGACACCAGGGAUCCAGCAGUCGUCAUGCCAGUGACACUGAAGGACAAUCAGAAGACUCAGAGGCUCGAUCAGGGUCAGCCCGUGGACAAUCAGGGUCCAGACGAAGACGUCAACAGUCCGAUUCUGCCCAAGGAUACCCCCGGUCCGGUACCAGCGAAAGACAGGGAUCCCGCCACGAGCAGGCAAGAGAUAGCUCCAGACACACCGGCACUGGGCAUGGAACAACCUCAUCUGGAUCCGGUACCAGACACCAGGGAUCCAGCAGUCGUCAUGCCAGUGACACUGAAGGACAAUCAGAAGACUCAGAGGCUCGAUCAGGGUCAGCCCGUGGACAAUCAGGGUCCAGACGAAGACGUCAACAGUCCGAUUCUGCCCAAGGAUACCCCCGGUCCGGUACCAGCGUAA